AUGAUGGAUCGACGAGGCAGGAGUGACAUAUGCCAAAUGAGACCGCUAAGGGAUUGUUUGAAACGUAACAUGGAUGAUAUACGGAAGUGUAUUAAGGAAGUUGAGAUUUUUGAGAAGACCUGCGGAGAGGGCGUAAACUAUGUUCAUUCGAGGGAGGGGCUGGAUGAUACCAGGAGUGGGCUAUUUUCCGGUAGGAGGCACUUAUAA